CACUGGUUACUGGUCCAUGAAUGACAUGGCCUGGGAGAAUGUGGAAAUUCCUGAAACACAGAAUGGGUUUAUUUACAGCACACCACACAGCAUUGGGGCUGGUUUUCAAGCCGCCAGAAGAAGAGCUGAGGCUGCUAUAACAUGGCUCGGAACCACAAUUACAGCGCCAAUUAUGAUUGUGAUCUAUAUGUUCUACAUGUUGUAUCAAGUCUUUAAGAACAUCGCAGCCCCAUUUGUCAGGACCUUUUAUUGGGCAAGAGACAGGAUUCUGGUCAUUUUUCAAGAAGCCAGAAGAAAAUUUCAGAUGCAACAACAAAAUGAGGCAGCUACAAUGUGUGCACCUUUGAGAUUUACAGUGGCUGCUUUCACUGUGAUUUUCAUGUUCUACAUGUUCUAUCCACUCUUUGAGACCCCAGCAGGUCCAUUUCAGACAACCGCUUGCUGGGCAUCCGACUGGGUUCUGGCAGUUUUUCAAGAAGCCAGAAGAAAAAUUCUAUUGGGACAACAAAUUGGGACAGCUACACUGUGGCCAACAUUGAAAAUUACAAUAGCAGCUUUCACUGUGAUCAUUAUGUUCCACAUCCUCUAUCAACUCUUUGUGAACAUCGCAGCUGCAUUUCAGACAACUGUUUACUGGGCAACAAACAGGAUUCUGGCAAUUUCUCAAGAAGCCAGAAGAAAAAAUCUUAUGAGGCAAUACACUGGGACAGCGACGCAGUGGGCAACAUUGCAAAUUACAGUAGCUGCUUUCACUGUGAUCUUUAUGUUCCACAUGCUCUAUCAACUCUUUGUGAGCAUCGCAGCUGCAUUUCGGACAAUUGUUUACUGGCCAAUAGACUGGAUUCUGGCAGUAAUUCAAGCAGCCAGAAGAAAAAUUCAGAUUGGACAACUAAUUGAGGCAGCUACAACCUGGGCAACAUUGAGAAUUACUGUGGCAGCUUACACUGUGAUCUUUAUGUUCCACAUGUUCUAUCAACUCUUUGAGAAGGUCACAGCUGAAACUUUUUACUGAGCAAUAGACUGAAUUAUGG